GCGCGGAGCCGGGCCGCGGGCGCUCCAGCCGCCGCCGCGGGAGGCAGCCGUGACACGAUGAAGCUCAUCAUCCUGGAACACUAUUCACAGGCCAGUGAGUGGGCUGCCAAGUACAUCAGGAACCGCAUCAUCCAGUUUAAUCCGGGGCCAGACAAGUACUUCACCCUGGGGCUCCCCACUGGGAGCACCCCACUUGGCUGCUAUCAGAAGCUGAUUGAGUACUAUAAGAAUGGGGACCUGUCCUUUAAAUAUGUGAAGACCUUCAAUAUGGAUGAGUAUGUGGGCCUUCCUCGAGAGCAUCCAGAGAGCUACCACUCCUUCAUGUGGAACAAUUUCUUUAAGCACAUUGACAUUCACCCAGAAAACACCCACAUUCUGGACGGGAAUGCCCCUGACCUGCAGGCCGAGUGUGAUGCCUUUGAGGAGAAGAUCCAGGCUGCAGGCGGGAUCGAGCUCUUUGUUGGAGGCAUAGGCCCUGAUGGACACAUAGCCUUCAAUGAACCAGGUUCCAGUCUAGUGUCCAGAACCCGUGUGAAGACACUAGCCAUGGACACCAUUCUGGCCAAUGCUAGGUUCUUCGAUGGUGAUCUUGCCAAGGUGCCCACCAUGGCCCUGACAGUAGGUGUGGGCACUGUCAUGGAUGCCAAAGAGGUGAUGAUCCUCAUCACAGGGGCUCACAAGGCAUUUGCUUUGUACAAAGCCAUCGAGGAGGGAGUGAAUCAUAUGUGGACUGUGUCUGCCUUCCAGCAACAUCCCCGCACUGUGUUUGUGUGUGAUGAGGAUGCCACCUUAGAGCUGAAAGUGAAGACUGUCAAAUAUUUCAAAGGUCUAAUGCUUGUUCACAACAAGUUGGUGGACCCUCUGUACAGUAUCAAGGAGAAGGAAAUUGAGAAGAUCCAGGCUGCCAAGAAACCAUACAGUGACUAGCCUAUGCUGGGAGCUACUACCAAGUACCUCAGAGGGACAAACAGGUCUUGCUGGACAUUGUAGGAGAACAGAAUUUUCUUUAAUACAGUAUGGUCACUGCAACUGUGGGCAUGAAUUUACUGUUCUUGGCUGUGAGGCUAGAUGCCUAGUCAGGGAGUCUUAUCUGUAGGGAGAAUGACUUAUUUGUAAGGUUUUUUCCCCUCCAGGACUGGGGAUUGAACCCUGGGCCUUGCACAUGUCAGGCGAGUGCUCUACCAACUAAGCUAUAUCUCCAGUCUUCUAUCCUUCGUUUGUGUGUGUGUAAAUUUCUGAGAAAUUCAUUUUGAUUUGUCACAUCCAAGUUAAGGCUUUUCAGCUUUUGUUCUGCCUCCACUACUGUUCACGUAUAUAACAUACUUCUGUGAAGAAUUUUUUACUCUUAUGUGCACUUAUUCUCAAGAGGGUGGGAAUUAGGGUUUGUGUAUUUUGGAUACAACCUCUUUGGAGAGUCAUGAGAGCUUCUUGAGCAAGCCUGCUCUUUAUUUGAGAAUCAUUGCUCCAGACUAGGGAACAAACCUUGAGCACCUAAAUUGUGUACAAGGAAGCAACCUUUCUGGUCCCAAGUACGCUGGGAAGAAAACCACCCCUUCCUCCCUUUCCUCGGGUAACUUUUCUGCUGUCAUAGCUAGCCUUUUCAUUAACUUGGAGGCUUCCCUAGGUAGGAUUGGGCAUGUGGGACUAGGAAAAGGUGGCUCUCACUGAGCAAGCCUUCAGGGAACCCAUCCAUGUCCAACAGUCCUCUCCCUCAAGGAUCCAAGAAGACAAAGGCGGAAACCCUUUUCCCACCAGAGCCCCAUGUUUUUGUUAGAGGUCUCUUAUGUACUCAUCAGUAAAGGGGAGGUCUACUGGGGCAACAGACACCACCACAAUCACAGCAUUGUUUACUCAAGGUGAGGGGCUGGCAGGCAGUCGCUGCAUGCAAGUACACGUUUCUGUUUCCUUCAGAGGUGAAUGCCAUGACUGUACACCAGUGCUGCUUGUGUUGUUUUCCCACUUAAGAUACCCUGCCUGCUACUCCAACCUCUCAGGUUUGUGUGGUAUGCUCUCACGUUCUUAGAACUUUGGGAGAUAUGGCCCUUCGCCCAUUUAUCCUCAGGCCUCCUUCCCAAGCUGUUGUGCUGCCUUCCCGCCUCGUAUAUCUUUAGCCUUUGUGGAGUGGUUGCUGCCCCUGCUCCCUGCUGCCCAUUUCUGGGGUAGAUUUUUCAGAUCGUGGCUCAAACUUCUCUAUAAGUAUUAUAUUUGGAACCAGCAUUUUGUCUAUAGCUUUUAUAUGUGAUUGUGCUGCCAUUCUGUGUUAAGCCAGUGGAUCAAUGGGUUUGUUUACAAUGUGGUAUUUUCUAUUAAAUCCAAUAUUUUCAAGUAAAA